CAGGUACCGUUCUCGUACGAGUACCAUACUUCUUCUCCGGCUUGGAUCAACCGCAGCAACGGGAUUGCGCUCCGAAACGCGACACCGCACAACGAAGAAUACAGAAACCAAAACGGUGGCUUUAUCGAAAUGGCGACAGCGACGACGAGUUCAAAGGGCGUUGUCCUGGUCACUGGCGGCGCCGGAUACAUCGGCAGCCACACAAUUUUUUGCCUUCUGGAGCAGGGCUACGGCGUCGUUGUUCUGGACAACCUGUCCAACUCGAGCGUCGCCUCCCUCGAUCGCGUGGCGGAGCUCACGGGCCUCGACGAGGCCGCCCGGAGGGAGCGCCUCGUCUUUCACCAGGUAGAUCUGUGCGACAGGGAUGCCCUGAAGCGGGUCUUCGAAACCUCUCCMAGAUUCGCGGCGUGCAUCCACUUUGCGGGCCUCAAGGCAAGUGCAACGGGCACUUGUGCGACCGAGCAGCCGUAUGCUAUCAAUACAGUACGUAGUCCCUCUUUGCUUGUCCCGUCUUGUUCUCACGAACCCGAUUUUUCUUGCGUCGACCACAGGCCGUGGGAGAAUCGACGAGAAUCCCACUAAAAUACUACCACAACAAUAUCACCGGAACCCUCUUCCUGCUCGAGCUCCUCGACGAAUUUGGUUGCCACUCGAUUGUCUUUUCGAGUUCCGCCACCGUCUACGGAGCAGCCGACAAGAUGCCAAUCACGGAAGAAACCCCGGUUGGAACCGGUAUUACCAAUGCGUAUGGGCGAACCAAGUACAUGCUCGAAGAGAUUCUCCGAGACUUUUACAAAUCGAAAACACUGGGAGACGCCGAGACGGACUGGUCCGUCGCACUCCUUCGCUACUUCAACCCCAUCGGAGCCCACCCCUCGGGCAAGAUCGGAGAAGACCCGAACGGAAUCCCAAACAACCUCAUGCCGUACGUCGCACAGGUUGCCACCGGGCGGCGGGAGUUCCUGACCGUAUUUGGCGACGAUUACCCGACGCCCGACGGAACGGGGGUUCGCGACUACCUGCACGUCAUGGACCUGGCCGAGGGCCACAUCUCAGCGAUCGAAUACAUGGAAAAGAAGAAAUCGGGGACGUUCACGUUCAAUCUAGGAACAGGGAACGGAUGCAGCGUCAUCGACAUGGUCAGGGCCAUGAGCAAAGCCUGUGGUCACGAGAUCAAAUACAAGGUGGGUCCCCGCCGUCCGGGAGAUAUUGCUACGUGCUACGCCGAUGCCAGCCUGGCGAAGAACGAACUGGGGUGGGAGGCCAAGCUCACGCUGGAAGAUAUGUGCAGAGACCUAUGGAGCUGGCAGUCUCAGAACCCAAACGGAUAUUGAAAAAAUCCAAAACACAGCAUGCAGUAAACAUUGCCUUGCACC